CUAGCGCGCGCUUUCAGCUCAUAUCUCUCUGCUGCAGUGAAGUUGACGUCGUGCGUCCAGCUCGCUGACAUCCCAUCACAAAAAGCCUGAAGUUUCCGAGCAGCUGAGUUCUACCUCCACGGAGCGACGCUCAAAGUCUUCUUCACCGCACGGACGCUGAAAAAAAAAUAUCCCACAACAGUCAUCAUGUUUGAGGCUCGCCUGGUACAGGGUUCCAUCCUGAAGAAGGUGCUGGAGGCGCUGAAGGACCUGAUCACGGAGGCCUGCUGGGAUGUCAGCUCGUCGGGCAUCUCGCUGCAGAGCAUGGACUCUUCCCACGUCUCGCUGGUGCAGCUCACCCUGCGGCACGACGGCUUCGACUCGUACCGCUGCGACAGGAACCUGGCCAUGGGAGUCAACCUCAGCAGCAUGUCAAAAAUCCUGAAAUGUGCUGGAAACGAGGACAUCAUCACUCUCAGAGCAGAGGACAAUGCCGACACACUCGCUCUUGUGUUUGAGACCCUCAAUCAGGAGAAAGUGUCGGAUUAUGAGAUGAAGCUGAUGGAUCUGGAUGUGGAGCAGCUCGGCAUUCCAGAGCAGGAGUACAGCUGUGUGGUGAAGAUGCCCUCUUUGGAGUUUGCUCGCAUCUGCCGCGACCUGUCCCAGAUCGGCGACGCCGUCAUGAUCUCCUGCGCAAAGGAUGGAGUCAAGUUCUCGGCCUCCGGAGAGCUGGGCACCGGCAACAUCAAGCUGUCCCAGACAAGCAACGUGGACAAAGAGGAUGAAGCUGUCACUAUUGAGAUGAACGAGCCUGUCCAGCUCAUCUUUGCCCUCAACUACCUGAACUUCUUCACUAAGGCCACGCCGCUGUCCAAGACGGUCACCCUCAGCAUGUCUGCUGACAUCCCCCUCGUGGUUGAGUACAAGAUUGCUGAUAUGGGACACGUCAAAUACUACUUGGCACCGAAGAUUGAUGAGGAGGCUUCCUAGAUUGUUAAUAUAAGGUAGAAAGAGGGAGAACGGAGAAAAGCGGUCGACCAGGACUCGUCCUGAGUGAGUCAGGGGGCAGAAGAAAUCUUGUGAUGGUCAGUUUGCUUUAGGCUGAGGUUUCUGAUCCACUCCUGUGUUCAUGGCUGCAUUGAUCAUCUGUGUGCGGCGCUUCCUACACAUGGGUUCAUCGUGCACUCACUCAAGACUUGGAGUCUCCGUCUCCAUUUUUUCCUGUUUGGAGGAGAAGCUUAUUUCAAAAUUCCCAUACGCUCUUUUGUAGAUAAACACACUUGUAAAUACUUUCUGUGGAUUCUCACUGUCGGUUGAUCCCAAAUGUUUGUUUUUUUAUUCAUCAAUUCAGUCAAAAUAAAUGAUCCCAGUUGUUUCCAAAUGCCGUUUUUGUCGUUUUUCUACCUGUUUCA